AUGAACACCGGCGGCCCUCGAAUUCUCUGUGAUGUCUACGAGGCGGACUAUCGGGUUAUGGAUCCGGUCAAGAUUUUUGAGAAAUUCACCCAUUUUAUCGAAUCGAUCAAUCGUGUUCGUCGCUUGAAUCCGGGUGCACGCAAACUUAUUCGGCAGGUUGGUUUGUCUCGUUCUAUUCACGAUCCUCUCCCCCCUUUUGUUCCCACGCGUGCACAGUCACGUUGA